AUGUCGUACAUUGCCAUCACGGGCGGCGGGCGCGGCAUUGGACUCGAGCUGGCGCGGCAGCUGGAACAAUUGCCCACGUCGCGCGUCGCCAAAGUGAUUGUGACGACCAGAGGGGCCCCGUCCGCGGAGCUGGCAAAGCUCAUCGCCAACUCGGCGGGACGCAUUGUCAACAUCGGCUGCGAAGUUACCAACGAAGCGAGUGUGCAAAAGGCUGCGGCCGAAAUCGAGGCUCAGCUUGAUGGCAAAGGAUUGGACAUUCUCAUCAACAAUGUCGGGGCGAUGCCGUACGGCGCAGAGGGGGUUCGUGCCAUGGACGGGGAAACAUUGCUGCAGACGUUUGACGUCAACGUAAUAAGCGCGCAUCGCGUCACUGCGGCGCUUAUUCCAGCCUUGCAGAAGAGCAAGGAGAAGAAAAUCAUCAUGGUCUCGUCACCCCUCGGGUCCGUUGGCCAGGCAAACCGAUUCACCUGGCUGCCGACCCCGGAAUACAAGAUAACAAAGGCCGCAAUGAACAUGCUGUCCGUCCAGUACGCCAUAGCCUACGAGAAGGAGGGAUUCACAGUGCUGGCCAUUUCUCCGGGAUGGCUCAAGACCGACAUGGGGUCUGAAAGGGCGGAUCUAGAUGUGGAACAGGGUGUGAAUGCCGUCAAGGACUUAGUUCUUGCAGCGGAUGCAAAGAUGAAUGGCAAAUUCUACAAUAUUCGUGUGCCGGGCUGGGAACACGCCGAAGGCUCUAACCAGUACGACGGGGGUGAAAUUCCUUGGUAG